GGUGGGUGGAGAGUUCGACCUGGAGAUGAACUUUAUCAUCCAGGACGCGGAAAGCAUCGCCUGCAUGGUGGAGCUGCUGGAGCACUGUGACGUAACCUGCCAGGCGGAGAUCUGGAGCAUGUUCACAGCUAUCCUGCGGAAGAGCGUUCGCAACCUACAGACCAGCACCGAGGUGGGGCUCAUCCAGCAGGUGCUGCAGAAGAUGAGCGCCGUCGACGACAUGAUUGCAGAUCUCUUAGUGGACAUGCUGGGGGUCCUGGCCAGCUAUAGUAUCACAGUCAAGGAACUGAAGCUGUUGUUCAGCAUGCUGAGGGGCGACGGAGGCAUGUGGCCAAGACACGCCAUUAAGCUCCUGUCUGUGCUGAAUCAGAUGCCUCAGCGGCACGGCCCUGACACCUUCUUCAACUUUCCAGGACGCAGUGCGGCGGCCAUUGCUUUGCCACCCAUUGCUAAGUGGCCUUACCAAAACGGAUUCACUCUCAACACAUGGUUCCGAAUGGACCCACUCAAUAAUAUCAACGUAGACAAGGAUAAACCAUACUUAUACUGUUUCCGAACCAGCAAAGGGAUUGGCUACUCUGCACACUUUGUGGGGAACUGUUUAAUCGUGACAUCACUGAAGUCAAAAGGGAAAGGCUUUCAACACUGUGUGAAAUACGACUUCCAGCCGAGGAAGUGGUACAUGAUCAGCAUUGUCCACAUCUACAACCGUUGGAGGAAUAGUGAGAUCCGUUGCUAUGUCAAUGGCCAGCUAGUUUCCUACGGCGACAUGGCAUGGCACGUCAACACCAAUGAUAGUUAUGAUAAAUGUUUCCUGGGCUCUUCAGAGACUGCGGAUGCUAACCGGGUGUUCUGUGGGCAGCUCGGAGCCAUUUACGUCUUCAGUGAGGCGCUGAACCCUGCACAGAUCUUUGCCAUUCAUCAGCUCGGACCCGGGUAUAAGAGCACGUUUAAGUUCAAGUCGGAAAGCGACAUCCACCUGGCGGAGCACCAUAAGCAGGUUCUGUAUGAUGGGAAGUUGGCCAGCAGCAUAGCCUUCACCUACAACGCUAAAGCCACCGACGCACAGCUGUGCCUGGAGUCCUCGCCCAGGGAAAACCCCUCCAUAUUUGUGCACUCGCCACAUGCCCUGAUGCUGCAGGAUGUGAAGGCCAUCGUCACUCACUCCAUCCACAGCGCCAUCCACUCUAUUGGAGGAAUCCAAGUUCUCUUCCCGCUCUUCUCACAGCUGGACUACAGACAACCCAACGACAGCCCUGUGGAGACGACCGUCUGUGCCACUCUCUUAGCUUUUCUAGUGGAGUUGUUGAAGAGUUCAGUAGCCAUGCAAGAGCAGAUGUUGGGUGGAAAAGGCUUCCUGGUUAUUGGCUAUUUACUGGAGAAGUCUUCUCGGGUACACAUCACCAGGGCAGUUUUGGAGCAGUUUCUGUCAUUUGCCAAGUAUCUAGAUGGGUUGACUCAUGGAGCUCCUUUACUGAAGCAGCUGUGUGAUCACGUUUUGUUUAAUGCUGCCAUCUGGAUCCAUACACCAGCUAAGGUUCAGCUUUCCCUCUACACUUACCUGUCGGCAGAAUUCAUUGGCACCGCCACCAUCUACAGCACCAUCCGUCGUGUGGGCACCGUCCUGCAGCUCAUGCACACCCUCAAGUACUACUACUGGGCCAGCAACCCCCUGGAAAGUAGCGGUAUCACCCCUAAAGGCUUGGAUGGUCCACGGCCCUCUCAGAAGGAGAUUAUAUCCCUGCGGGCGUUCAUGCUUCUUUUCCUCAAACAGCUCAUUCUCAAGGACCGAGGAGUGAAGGAAGAUGAGUUGCAGAGCAUAUUAAACUACCUGCUAACCAUGCAUGAGGAUGAAAACAUCCAUGAUGUGCUCCAGCUCUUGGUUGCGCUCAUGUCCGAGCACCCUGCCUCCAUGAUCCCUGCCUUCGACCAGAGGAAUGGAAUACGAGUCAUCUACAAGCUCCUGGCUUCCAAAAGCGAGAGUAUACGAGUCCAAGCUCUUAAAGUUCUCGGCUACUUCCUGAAACAUCUUGGACACAAGAGGAAGGUGGAGAUCAUGCACACACACAGCCUCUUCACGUUGCUCGGAGAGCGACUAAUGAUGCACACCAGCACUGUGACCAUCACCACCUACAACACACUCUAUGAGAUCUUGACAGAACAGGUUUGCACUCAGGUGGUGCACAAGCCUCACCCAGAACCCGAUUCUACAGUCAAGAUCCAAAACCCAAUGAUUCUGAAGGUUGUGGCGACGCUGCUUAAAAGUUCCUCCCCCAGCGCCGAGCUGAUGGAAGUACGACGCCUCUUCCUGUCCGACAUGAUCAAACUCUUCAGCAACAGCAGAGAGAACAGACGGUGUCUGCUGCAGUGCUCAGUGUGGCAGGACUGGAUGUUCUCUCUGGGCUACAUUAACCCAAAGAACCCAGAGGAGCAGAAGAUCACUGAAAUGGUCUACAACAUAUUCCGUAUCCUGCUUUACCAUGCCAUCAAGUAUGAGUGGGGAGGCUGGCGCGUGUGGGUGGACACACUCUCCAUCGCCCACUCCAAGGUGACCUACGAGGCACACAAAGAGUACUUGGCAAAGAUGUACGAGGAGUACCAACGACAAGAGGAAGAGAACAUCAAGAAAGGAAAGAAAGGGUCUGUCAGCACAAUUUCCGGCCUUUCUGCCCAACCCACCACUGUCAACGGAAACCUGGAGAUCCGCGAGAUCGAUGACACGUCUCAGACGCAGACACCAGAGAGCGAGGCAGACUAUGGAGAAAAUGCAGACUCUCGCAACCUGCUGGCAGAGACCAAAGGUCCAGAGGGCGAAGCCGAACGGUCGGCCGCGGGGGUUCGUGUGGAAGUUCAUGACUUGCUGGUAGACAUCAAAGCUGAGAAGGUGGAGGCUACAGAGGUUAAAUUAGAUGAUCUGGAUCUGUCCCCGGAGGUUCUUGGAGGAGGAGGUGGCAUGCAGAAUGGUCCCUUGGUGGAAGUCGACUCGCUGUUGGACAGCGCCUACUGUGCAGUAGUUCACAAGCUCAAUGGGAGACUUGUCCCCAAAGAGGAGGAAAGCGCUGUGGUGGGUUUAACUGAAGAUGAUGGGAACAUGGGUCCUCUAAUCACACUUGCAGAUGAAAAGGACAGCGUUCCCAGCAACAAUGGCUUCCUGUUCCCCAAGGUGGAUGAGAAGCUGCUUCCCUCAUUGGCGUCGCCGGAGCCCCUGGUGCUGCCCAGCCCUGAACAGCCCCCUUGUCCAGCAGCUCCACACACUUCAAGCGCCAGUGACGACCUCAGCCUGCUAGCCCACAUGACUUCUUGUGGUUCAGACCUGGUUCAAACCCCAAGUGGUCUAACAGAAGAUGAUGGGUUUAAGUUGCAGAGCUCCUUGGCAGACAUCAGCACACUGGCAGAAGCCGAGGCCCAGGCUGCAGCCAGGACAGCAGAGUGUUUGGAGCAGGAGGCUGGGGAGGCCAGGGCAGGAAAGAGCGGAGGUGAUGCAGCCAGCACCACUUCAGACACAGAGAGAUCCGACGAUGGAAAGGACAAAGAAAUGAAGAAGAUUCAGACUACAGCCACCACACAGGCUCUUCAUGGUCGUAUGUCGGGUCAGAUGGAGAGGGACCUCCGUGUGGAUCUGGGCUUCCGGGGCAUGCCGAUGACAGAAGAACAGCGGCGGCAGUUUAGCCCCGGCCCUCGCACUACCAUGUUCCGUAUCCCAGAAUUCAAAUGGUCACCCAUGCAUCAGCGCCUUCUCACUGACCUGUUGUUCGCUCUGGAGAGUGACGUUCACAUGUGGAGGAGCCACUCUACGAAAUCGGUCAUGGACUUCGUAAACAGUAACGAGAACAUUAUAUUUGUCCACAACACCAUCCACCUCAUUUCUCAGAUGGUUGAUAACAUCAUUAUAGCGUGUGGCGGGAUCCUUCCUCUGCUCUCUGCUGCCACCUCCCCAUCUAGUUCUAAGGUUAGUGCAAACCCUACGGAGCUCGAGAACGUGGAAGCGACCCAAGGCAUGUCGUCAGAAACGGCUGUCACGUUUCUGAGCCGGCUGAUGGCCAUGGUGGAUGUGCUCGUGUUUGCCAGUUCUCUCAAUUUCAGCGAGAUUGAGGCUGAAAAGAACAUGUCGUCCGGAGGACUAAUGCGCCAGUGUCUACGAUUAGUAUGUUGUGUAGCAGUGAGGAACUGUCUGGAAUGCAGGCAGAGGCAGAGAGACCGAGGCAGCAAAACCUCGCUGCCAAUCAGCAAGACCCAGGAGAACCUACAGACUGCAGCGUCCGCCAGCAAGACCGUCAUACAGAACGUCCCACGUAACCUUUCUCCCAUCAAAGACCCAGACAGACUGCUGCAGGACGUGGACAUCAAUCGUCUCCGAGCUGUGGUUUUCAGAGACGUGGAUGACAGUAAACAGGCUCAGUUCCUCGCUCUGGCUGUGGUCUACUUCAUCUCUGUCCUUAUGGUGUCCAAAUACCGGGACAUCCUGGAGCCACAACGGGAGAUUGGCAGGUCCAGCAGCCUAUCAGGGAGAAGCAUCCGACAUGAGAUUAAUUCACCCACCAGCACAGAAAACCCAUCCUCCUUCUCGGAUGGUGUACGUGGAGACCGCCAAGCCGCCAGCCCUCUGGACGAUCUUCCCCUGGAGGGAUCACUGCCUCACACUGACUCUGGCAUCGGGGAUGAGCAGGUCACCAGUGCUCUCAAUGGCUCCGAGCUGGGCGCAGACUCCAGUGGAUUGGGUGGGAGCUCUGGAGGCCCGGAUGCCAUGAGCGAGUUGCUGUGCACACUGUCGUCAGAGGUGAGGAAGUCCCGCGAGUCCCUGCUGGAGUCGCCUCCUGGCGUGGAGGUUCUCAAACCAGCUGCGUCGAUCUCCAGCAUCAGCCAGGCCAACAAGGGAAUCAAUGUGAAGGAGAUCCUGAAGAGUUUAGUGGCAGCACCGGUGGAGGGGGCGGAGGCAGGACCUGAGCCCCAGCCCUACCACCCUGACCCUGCCCUGAAGAGGGAAGCUGCUGCCAUGCUGCCCAUGCAGUUCCACUCAUUUGACAGGAGUGUGGUGGUGCCUGUUAAGAAGCCCCCUCCAGGAAGCCUGGCUGUGAACACAGUAGGAACACCCACCACCAGUGGAGUGCCCUCUUCAGGAAGUACGCCCAAUAUCUUUGCUGCUGCCACAGCAACACCUAAAAGCAUGAUCAACACAACAGGUGCCACUGACUCCGCCUCUUCCUCAUCCUCCUCUUCAUCAAGUUUCGUGAACGGUGCCACAAGUAAAAACCUCCCAGCGGUGCAAACCGUUGCACCUAUGCCUGAAGACACAGUGGAAAACAUGAGUGCCUUUUGUGAAGUGGACCAGUGUCCACUGCGAACCAGGCUGACGCCUCCUGAACUCAAAUCCUUUAGUUCGCUGACAGGAUUCCAAACAGCCCCCAGAGAUGCAGGACAGUUUCUUAGUAUCACGACUAAAUUGGAGCGGGCCUUAGAGAAAGUGGCCCCCCUGUUGAGGGAGAUCUUUGUGGAUUUCGCCCCCUUCCUUUCGCGGACGCUGCUGGGCAGUCAUGGGCAGGAGUUGCUCAUAGAAGGCUUAGUUUGUAUGAAGUCCAGCACAUCGGUUGUGGAGCUUGUGAUGCUCUUGUGCUCACAGGAGUGGCAGAACUCCAUACAAAAGAACGCAGGACUUGCAUUCAUCGAACUUAUUAAUGAGGGGAGGCUUCUGUGUCACGCCAUGAAGGAUCACAUUGUCCGUGUCGCCAAUGAGGCUGAGUUCAUCCUCAACAGGCAGAGAGCAGAAGAUGUGCACAAACAUGCUGAGUUUGAGUCCAACUGUGCCCAGUACGCUGCAGACAGGAGAGAAGAGGAAAAGAUGUGUGAUCACCUCAUCAGUGCGGCCAAGCACAGAGAUCACGUGACUGCAAACCAACUGAAACAGAAGAUCCUCAACAUUUUGACCAAUAAGCACGGAGCGUGGGGAACCAUGUCUCAGAGUCAGCUGCAUGAUUUCUGGCGUUUGGACUACUGGGAGGAUGAUUUGCGCAGGAGGCGGAGAUUUGUACGCAAUGCCUUUGGCUCCACCCACUCAGACGUGGCUCUCAAAUCUCUGGAGGAAUACGGCCCUGAGGAAGAAGAGGGCAUGAAGUCAAAGAAGUCAUUCCGUAGUCAUUCGGUGGUCAAUCAGAACCCUGAGACGGAGCUGAUGCUGGAAGGAGAUGAUGACGCCGUCAGUCUGCUACAGGAGAAAGAGAUCGACAACCUUGCAGGUCCGGUGGUUUUGAGCACACCCGCCCAGCUCGUUGCUCCUGUGAUUGUUGCCAGAGGCACGUUGUCGAUCACCACAACAGAGAUCUAUUUCGAGGUGGAUGAGGAUGAUCCAACAUUCAAAAAGAUUGAUUCAAAGGCGUUGGCAUAUACUGAGGGUCUGCAUGGGAAAUGGAUGUUCAGUGAGAUCAGAGCAGUUUUUUCCAGACGCUACCUGCUCCAAAACACUGGAUUGGAGGUCUUCAUGGCCAACAGGACAUCUGUCAUGUUCAAUUUCCCGGAUCAGGGCACAGUAAAGAAAGUAGUGUACAGUUUACCUCGGGUUGGUGUUGGCACCAGCUAUGGCCUCCCUCAGGCAAGACGGAUCUCUCUGGCAACGCCAAGGCAGCUCUUUAAGUCAUCUAAUAUGACUCAGAGAUGGCAACGGAGGGAGAUUUCAAAUUUUGAGUACCUCAUGUUCCUCAACACGAUUGCAGGGAGGACCUAUAAUGAUCUGAACCAGUAUCCUGUCUUCCCUUGGGUCCUGACUAACUAUGAGUCAGAGGAUCUGGAUCUGACCUUGCCUGGGAAUUUCCGAGAUCUCUCAAAGCCAAUCGGAGCCCUGAAUCCAAAGCGAGCCGUGUUCUAUGCUGAAAGCUAUGAGACGUGGGAAGAUGAUGGAACUCCGCCCCAUCAUUACGCAUCACUGUACUCAACUGCAGCAUCCACUCUCUUCUGGCUCGUCAGGAUAGAACCCUUCACAACAUUUUUCUUGAAUUGUAAUAACAACAAGUUCGACCAUCCUGAUCGGACAUUUUCUGGCAUUGCACGCUCUUGGCGAAGUUGCCAGAGGGAUACAUCAGAUGUUAGGGAGUUGAUCCCUGAGUUCUACUACCUCCCUGAGAUGUUCGUGAACAACAGCGGAUAUGACCUGGGGGUGAGAGAGGACAGGACAGCCGUGUGUGAUGUGGAACUACCAGUCUGGGCCAAAAAACCAGAGGACUUUGUUCGCAUCAACAGGAUGGCGCUGGAGAGUGAAUUUGUGUCCUGUCAGCUGCACCAGUGGAUCGAUCUCAUCUUCGGCUACAAGCAGAGAGGACCGGAGGCCAUUAGGGCUCUCAAUGUUUUCCAUUACCUGUCUUACGAGGGAUCUGUGAACUUGGACACCAUCACUGACCCCCAGUUAAGAGAGUCUACGGAGAACCAGAUUCAGUCAUUUGGACAGGCUCCAUCACAGCUGCUAAUAGAGCCUCACCCUCCACGCAGCUCCGCCAUGCACCUGUGUUUCCUUCCUCAGAGUCCUCUAAUGUUCAAGGACCAAAUGCAGCAAGAUGUAAUCAUGGUGCUAAAAUUCCCCUCCAACUCACCCGUCACGCACGUGGCGGCCAACACGCUGCCUCACCUCAGCGUUCCCGCUGCGGUCACGGUCACAUGCAGCCGGCUGUUCGCCAUCAACCGCUGGCACAACACAGUCGGUCUCAGAGGUGCUCCGGGAUACUCAUUAGAACAGGCUCAUCACCUUCCUAUUGAAAUGGACUCUCUGAUUGCCAAUAACUCCGGCAUUAGUAAAAGGCAGAUCACAGAUUUGGUGGAUCAAAGCAUUCAGAUCAACACGCACUGCUUUGUGGUGACAGCCGACAACCGCUACAUCCUGGCAUGUGGUUUCUGGGACAAGAGUUUCCGUGUUUACUCCACUGAGACAGGGAAACUCACUCAGAUUGUGUUCGGGCACUGGGAUGUGGUGACCUGUCUUGCGCGAUCCGAGUCCUACAUUGGAGGUGAUUGCUACAUCGUCUCUGGCUCACGAGAUGCAACCCUUCUGCUGUGGUACUGGAGCGGACGACACCACAUCAUCGGAGACAAUCCCAACAACAGUGAUUAUCCAGCACCUAGAGCGGUUCUGACAGGCCAUGACCAUGAGGUGGUGUGUGUGUCGGUGUGUGCUGAACUGGGUCUUGUCAUCAGUGGGGCCAAAGAAGGGCCGUGUUUGGUGCACACCAUCACUGGAGAUUUACUGCGGGCCCUCGAGGGCCCUGAGAACUGUCUCCAGCCCCGUCUGAUCUCUGUGUCCAGUGAGGGCCAUUGUAUCAUCUACUAUGAGAGAGGACACUUCUGUAACUUCAGCAUUAAUGGCAAACUCCUGGCACAGAUGGAGAUCAAUGACUCCACACGUGCCAUACUGUUGAGCAGCGAUGGUCAGAACCUGGUAACAGGAGGUGAUAAUGGCGUUGUUGAAGUCUGGCAGGCCUGUGAUUUUAAGCAGCUGUAUAUUUACCCCGGCUGUGAUGCAGGCAUCAGGGCUAUGGACUUAUCCCAUGACCAGAGGACUCUGAUCACUGGGAUGGCGUCAGGCAGCAUUGUGGCGUUUAACAUUGAUUUCAAUCGAUGGCACUACGAACAUCAGAACAGAUACUGAGACAGAACAAAGAGAGACGGGAGAAGAGAGAGGGACCUUGUUUAGGGCCCGCAGUUGAAGCAGUGAGAAAGGUGGGGUUCAUUUCCUGCUUGACAGACGAUGGUGUCCCUCUAAGUUCAGGGGGGAGUUAAACCCGGAUGAAAACACAAGACAUAUCGCUAACGUUACUUAGACCUUUAGGGUUGUCCUUCACUCCCCACAUACUAUGAUGAGUUGCCUAAUGUCCUUUUGUCUGCGAAGAUCAUCGUACAAGAUUGAAGCCAGGAGGACAGCAGGACUGGAUCGACUGUACCGCAGUUCCCAGCAGAAGAGGCUUAGCGAUAAACCACCAACAAAUUAUUUUUGGGGAGGGUUAGGGAGGGAGGGAAGGGGUCUGGGGUGGGAUUAAGACGCAGCGGUGAAUUUAGGCUUUGUAAAUACCAACUGCAGUGGCGCAGUUCUUCACUACAAGGGGAUAAAAAAUCAUACUUCCCGCUCGCUCUCCAUUACGGAAGAUCCCAUAAUCCUUUAAUUUAUUAAUGACUUGCUGUAAGAUAUUGUGUAGUUCCAACGAAGUGAUGAUGAUGAUUUGGAUGAUUAUAGAUGAAGGCCUGCCGAUUCACAGGGAGGAAGUGAACUGCUCAGACAGGAAACAAGCUUCUCUUUCCUCUUUGUAUAUUUGGUAAUUGUUUUGUCAUAUAUGUAAAUAUUGUGAUGGUUAGGAAAGCCAGGCAUGUAAGCGGGCCAUAAAAAAAAAGAAUAUAGAGGAGAAAAAAAGCUAAAAAAAAAAAGAGAGAGAGAGAGAGUGAGAAAAAGAAACCCUCCCUCAUUCACACGUUUCAUUAUUUAUGAAAAAAAAAAGAACAAUUAUUAAUGUUGACGUUUUUGUAUCAGACACAUUCCACCGGUAACAACCCCUAAUUUAUCAGCGUUUCUUUGGUCUUCUAACACAUUUUAGGCCCAUUCUCCAUUGUAUAAUUUGUGCAUUGAUGUUUGUUGUAUUUAAAUAAUUAAUAUUAUAAUCAUAUGUGAUUACGUUGUACAACCACAGCCACAGUAAGCAAUAUCCUUGUAGCCGAGAAUGACUGCAGAAAUGCUGUUUAAUACGUGGAUUGAGAUCCUCAUACACAAAUACUGAGACAGUUUUUCAUCCCCCUAUUUAAAAAGUGUGAGCGAAAAUAGUAAGAAGGAUAUUUUUCAAUCAACAACACUGAUAUAGAAAUAUAGUCGUUUUACUACAGGGGUGUAAUCACUAGUCAGUUGGAAGCUAAGACUGAAUUCAGAAAUGAAAACAUGAAUAAAUUAUGCAAGUAAUUUCUUGAUCUGCCUUUUCAUUGGCCAUUGGAUGUGAAUUAUACAUGAGACAGUGGCGCAUACAUAACGUGCAGGUCAGUCUCUGUGUGGGUGAGUGGUCAGUACUGUAUAUUUGAUUUGAUUUGUACAUUUGCUAAAUAUCUUUUGUUCAUUUAUUUUGCAAGGCGUAACUGAUCAUGAUGAUUGAAUAUUAUUUAAAUGUAUUUUAUUGUAUAUGUCUGCAUCAUUUGUGGAGAGGAGAGGAAUAGUCUUUGGCAGGAAGUAAAUAAUGGAUGAUUUAUUUAGAUUCAGAUGUAAUUUUUAAAUUCAGUCCACACCUGCUGUUUCAUGCAUUUGCUGCAACUUGAAUAAGCCAGAAUCUCACAGGUGUCUCUUAAAACGUUUAAAUAUUAAUUCAUGCCAAUAUAUAGAUCAAUAACUGUAAAAUAAAAUUGUUUCCUUUUUGUCGUAUUUACAAUAAAACAGACCAAAACAUC